UUGUUAGGUUCUAGUUCUUAUUUCUUGGAUCCCAAGAUUGUGUUGGAGCUGUUUUUGAUUUUGUUUUGGAUGAAUACCUCCGUUGCUGUUAUGAAGACUAACGAUACAAAAUGCCAGAUAUCACCUCCUCCUGUGGGAAGGAAUGGCAGGAUUAAACUUAGGUCUAGGGAUUUAGUUUCUGAUCAUUGUAGAAGACGUAGGAACAUUGAACAUAUGAAGCACAGAGAUAAUGGAGAUUCGGCAUCAGAUACCACCAAUGAGAGGGAUAUAUCGGUUUCGGAUUCUGAAAGUGUCGUCUCUGGCUCAACCACCGCUCCGGAAUUCGAAUCCUUCACAGGAAAUGGACUGAUCAGGUUGGAAGAAGGAGAUAAUGAGCACGACAUCAUCAAGAAUAGAUUCAUCUUGGGUUUGGGUUCUCUUGGAAGGCAUGCUACGGUUGUCGCCGUUCACAAAAAUUCUUUCUCUAGCUUUCACAGACAAGCUCGAUUUCAAUCGUUCAAGAUCUUCUCGGAAGCGAUGUCUCUGAAGUGCAAUGGCAAUGCUAAUAUAAAAUACGCUUGGUAUGGAACUUCGAGGGAAAGGGUUCAUAGGACCGUUCACAAAAAUUCUUUCUCUAGCUUUCACAGAAGAGCUUUGCACGCCUGA